AUGUCUGAUUUUGAGGAUUUCAGCAAGCCAGGAGGGCAGAUGAACGUGUCUGAAAGCUACCAGCUGAACCCAACCAGUGUGAUUGUGUCGGUGGUCUUUUCACUCAUCUUCCUGCUGGGCACCAUCGGCAACAGCCUGGUGCUAGCUGUGCUGCUGCGGAGUGGACAGGUUGGCUAUAACACAACCAAUCUGUUCAUACUCAACCUGAGUGUGGCCGACUUCUUUUUCAUCAUCUUCUGCGUUCCCUUCCAAGCAACCAUCUACUCUCUGGAGGGCUGGGUGUUUGGCUCCUUCAUGUGCAAAGUGGUCCACUUCUUCAUUAACCUCACCAUGUACGCCAGCAGCUUCACUCUGGCUGCUGUGUCUGUUGACAGGUAUUUGGCCAUUCGUUACCCGCUACGCUCCAGAGAGCUAAGAACCCCAUGUAACGCAGUGGUUGCCAUGGUGAUCAUCUGGGGUCUUUCCCUGAUCUUUUCGGGUCCUUAUCUGAGCUACUACGACCUGAUUGUUUAUGCCAAUAGUACUGUGUGUAUCCCCGGCUGGGAAGGGCAGAGCCGCCAAGUGCUGGACACGUGCACCUUCCUGUUUGGCUACGUUAUCCCUGUGCUGAUUGUGAGCCUCUCGUACACGCGGACCAUCAAGUAUCUGUGGACGGCUGUUGACCCUCUGGAUGGCAUGUCAGAAUCCAAGAGGGCUAAACGCAAAGUCACCAAAAUGAUCAUCAUUGUCACUGUGCUUUUCUGCAUAUGCUGGCUACCACAUCAUGUUGUGAUCUUGUGCUUCCUGUACGGAGACUUCCCUUUCAAUCAGACCACGUAUGCCUUCAGGCUCCUCUCUCACUGCAUGGCCUACGCCAACUCCUGUGUCAACCCCAUUGUAUACGCUCUGGUGUCCAAGCACUUUCGAAAAGGCUUCAAGAAAGUGUUCAGCUGCAUCCUCAGUAAAAAUGGGAGAAAUAAGGUCCAUGUAGUUCAUGUUGCCAACACUGUGCCUGGGUUUGAAGCAGGCUCUACGGAGGUGUCACAGAUGCACGAGGAGAACUUACGCCAGAAUGAAUGCGAAAUGAUUAACAGGCCGAUUAGAGAGCCAAGAGAAGCCACAGUGACAUUGAAUUUGCCCUUUCAACGGCAGACUUAACAAAUGAUUCUCUGCUGACAAGCACAGUUAGGAUUGCGUUAUGUAAAAGACACUGCUGUUAUUAUUUUACAAAAUGUGUUUAAUGAUAUUCAUACUUUUGGUGGCAAACGGUAAUAUUGUGUACACAAUGAGUCCACUAACACAUCUUCAAUCAUUAUCUUGCUUAGAUAUUCAACAAGUCUGAAAGGUUUUUCAGUAUUUAUGAAAAGUGAAAAAUUAUUAGUAUUUCCUGUUUCCACCAUUUGCCUUAACCAUGGCUUGCACUGUGUUUUUUUCUUUUUCUUUUGGCUGUAUUUGAGUAUCCACAUUACUACAGCACUUUUAAAGGGGCCAAC